AUGGAGAAGAAAUGGACAUACUGYGCUGUCUACUCCAUCAUCCAGAUACAGUUUGUCAGGGGAGUAUGGGGAAAAGGACUUAAUGCAGGAGAAGAUGUUUAUGCUGUUCCUGGCUCUGAUGUCAACAUGACUUGCCAAAAACAGCUGAAAAGCUUGUUGGUACAGACGCAGUGGUCAAAGGUCACCGAUMAGAUGAACCUCAUUGCCCUUCGUCAUUCCGAAUAUGGCAUCCACUGUGCCCAUKGGCAUUCCUGCAAGUCAGCAGUGGAUUUCAGACAAAUUCCAGAGAACAUAACGAUAUGGACUCUGCUCUUAAGAAACGUAUCUUCCUCACUCAGUGGAAAGUAUGAGUGUAGCUUUACUCUCUUUCCAGAAGGCAUUUGGACUAAAACCUAUAACCUUCUCAUUCAGACACCUGUUACACAGGAUGAAUGGAGCAGCAAUCMCACAAUAGAAAUAGAGAUAAAUCAAACUCUGGAAAUACCAUGCUUUCAAAAUAACUCCUCAGAAAUUUCGCCUGAGUUCACCUUUACCUGGUUGGUGGUAAGUGUGUCAUGUUUGAGCUGGAUAAUUAAAGAACAAGGAAAUAAAGAAGAUAAUGGAGCUCAGGAAACUCUCAUCCAAGAUCACCACAUCAGCAGUUCCACAUCUUUUAAAGACAGAGUGAAGCUCUGUGCUGACCACAGACUCUGCCUCUCCCCGGUCCAAAUCCAUGACGAAGGUCGGAAGUUCUCUUGCCAAGUUCGACUCAGGCCUGGCAAAAUCUUGAGGAGUUCCACCACAGUCAAGGUUUUUGCUAAGCCAGAAAUCCCCAUGAUUAUGGAAAACAGCACCAUGAAUGUCCUGGGAGAGAGAACAUUUACCUGCUCACUAAAGAAUGUGUUUCCCAAAGCAAGCCUGACAUGGUUUAUAGAUGGAASGUUUCUUCAAGGUGAAGAAGAAGGAAUAAACAUUACCAAUGAAGAGAGAAAAGGCAAAAAUGGAUUUCUGGAGCUCAAGUCUAUUUUAACAAGGAUGCAUGGUAGUGAACCAACCCAAUCAAAUAACCUGACCAUUUGGUGUAUGGCUCUGUCUCCAGUCCCUGGAAAUAAAAUGUGGAAUACUUCAUCAGAAAAGAUCACUUUUUCCUUAGGUUCUGUGAAUGCCCCAACCACGGAGCCUCCACCCAGUGUCACAGACUCUCCCCUGAGCACCCCGCCAUCUCCAGCCAACAGUGUAUCUCCUACCAGAUAUCCAGCUACAUUUUCAGUGAUCCUCGUGGAUGGGAGUACAUUGACAUCACGUGCCACCCCUCAAAGUGAAAAUUCCAAUGUGACUACCCAAGGCUUCAACUCCUCCUCAACCUCCAGCGGGAUAGACGCCGAAAAAUCGGUUUCAUGGAUACCCAGUGAAACAUACAGUUCAUCCCCCUCAGGGGCAGGCUCAACUCUUCAUGAUGAUGUCUUCACCAGCACCAGCACAACCGGAGAAUUUUCAGAAGCCCCCACAUCAGCCAAUGGAUCUACUAACAAUAGUCACGUCCAUAUCACCAGCAUUGUAGUUACUAAGCCCACUGGCGGAAUGUCCUGGCCCGUGAUUAUAGCAGCUCUGCUCUUUUUCUGCAUGGCAUUGUUUGGUCUUGGAGUGAGAAAAUGGUGUCAAUACCAAAAAGAAAUCAUGGAAAGACCCCCACCUUUCAAGCCACCACCACCUCCCAUCAAGUACACAUGCAUUCAAGAGCCCAUUGGAAGUGACCUGCCUUGUCAUGAGAUGGAGACACUCUAA